AUGCCUCAUACAAUAUUGCUUGUACAGCCUUCAGUGAAGAAGCCAGAUACACGUACUUGGUCUGACUAUGAGACUGUAGAACAAUGUCUUGAAGGUGUUUGUAAGAUAUAUGAAGAACAGUUGAAACGUGAAAAACCGAACGCUCCUACAAUCACUUACGAUAUUUCUCAACUUUUCCAGUUUAUCGAUCAACUGGCUGAUCUCAGUUGCUUGGUUUUUCAUGAACCUACAUAUACUUAUGUUCCACAUCAUAAAAACUGGAUCAAGGAACAAGUUUAUGUACUUCUUAGAAAUCAGGCUGGACAGUAG